CGCGGGAUUCGGAGACCGGCACGAUGAGCAUGUGAUGCAGUCGCGCACGGCACGCACAGUUUUCCCGAAGUUGACCGAUUUUUAUUCUUGUUAUUCAGCGAUUCCCCUGGGUUUUACACAGAGGUUUGUAGCGCCGAGAAGCCGUGGAACGAAGGCAGCCUGUGCGAUCUGAGUCCUUCGGGAGAAGGGCGGCAUAUACAUUGCAUAAAACAAACAAACAAACAAACAAACAAACAAACAAAAAGAAAGAAAGAAAGAAAGAAAGAAAAAGGAAAGAAAGAAAAAGGAAAGAAAGAAAGAAAGAAAAAGAAAGAAAGAAAGAAAGAAAAAGAAAGAAAGAAAAAGGAAAGAAAGAAAGAAAGAAAAAGAAAGAAAGAAAGAAGAAAGAAAAAAAGAAAGAAAGAAAGAAAUCGUGCAUUAAAGUCAUUUUAAAGCACCGCCUUUACUCUUUAAAAAAAACUCCCAUCGGAGCUGCAGGGUAAAGGAAUCGAGCAAUCAUCAUCUGUUCCCGAGAAGCGAUCACUUUCGUUUUCGUUUUCCUACUUCUUGCCAAAAGGAGGCGGAUUUUGCCACCUUCCAGGGUUCUUCCGUCCGGAGCUGCUGGAUUUCGGGUGGGGAGAAGCACGAAGUGUCUGUGGCUGCCUGCAAUUACUGCGAGUUUAAAUCUCACCAGGCUCAAGGUUAACUCAGCCUUCCAUCCUUUCAAAGUACAGAAGCAGCAGGAUCAGAAUGAGUGCCAUAGAGAACCUUCCGGAAAUAGACGAGGAAUUGUAUUCCCGCCAACUCUAUGUGCUCGGGCAUGAGGCCAUGCGGAAGACGGCUACAGCAACGGUGCUGGUUUCUGGAAUGAAGGGGUUGGGGGUCGAGAUUGCAAAGAAUGUGAUUCUUGCAGGCGUGAAAUCUGUCACACUCCAUGACCAGGAUGAUGCUCAAUGGAGUGACCUGUCCUCACAGUUCUACCUGUCAGAGAAUGAUUUGGGGAAAAACCGAGCUGAGGUUUCCCAGAAACAUCUCUCCAAGUUAAAUAGCAAUGUUGAGGUGAUCCCCCACACCAGUGAACUGACGGAGAACUUCUUGGCUACUUUCAAGGUUGUGGUCCUGACCAACUCAUCCUUGAAGGAACAGCUGGAUAUCAGUGAUUUCUGCCAUACCAAUCAAAUUUGCUUUGUCCUAGCUAACACAAAGGGCCUGGCUGGGCAGGUUUUUUGUGAUUUUGGAGAAGAACAUGUGGUGUAUGAUCCUUCAGAAGCUGACCCUGCAUCUGCUGCCAUUAAACACAUCACCUUGGGUAAUCCUGGUCUCUUGACUGUGGCCCAUUAUGAUGAGCAGGGACAUUGCUUUAUGGAUGGUGACUGGGUGAUGUUCUCUGAGAUUGAAGGGAUGACACAGCUUAAUAGUUCUAAACCACGCCAGAUUUGUGUGAAAGAAAAAUACAUCCUGGAAAUUGGAGACACGUCUUCCUUUUCCCCAUACCAACAUGGUGGGAUCAUCACUCAGGUCAAGAUGCCUGAAAAACACUCUUAUAAGUCUCUGCGAGCCUGCAUGGCUAAUCCGAAGAUCAAUACCCAAAGUAGAAAGGAAAUGUUUCGUUAUCGCACUCUUCAUGAAGCCUUCCAGGCACUUCACACAUUCCAGGAUAAAUUUGGUCGACUUCCUAGCCCUCGGAAUCAGGAGGAUGCAGACAUGUUAGUAGAGCUGGUGGAGAUCCCAGUUAUGGAUCAGGAACAAGAGAAUCUGAUACGGACAUUUGCGUAUGGAUGUAUGGGGGAUCUGAGCCCUAUGAAUAGCCUUAUUGGAGGCCUUGCUGCCCAAGAAGUCCUAAAGGCUGUCUCAGGGAAAUUCACCCCUUUGGAUCAGUGGCUGUACUUUGAUGCCUAUGAAUGUCUGCCUGAGGGGAAGCAGCUGACAGAGAAAAACUGUGCCCCAUGUGGUAGUCGCUACGAUGGGCAGAUUGCUGUCUUUGGGGCCGACUUCCAAAAACUACUUGGGAAGCAGAAGUAUUUCCUGGUAGGAGCAGGUGCGAUUGGCUGUGAACUCUUGAAGAAUUUCGCAAUGAUUGGCUUGGCUGCUGGCGAGGGUGGGGAGAUCGUUGUGACAGACAUGGACAUCAUUGAAAAGUCCAAUCUGAACAGGCAGUUCCUAUUUCGACCACAAGAUGUAUCUAAGCAGAAGUCAGAAGUGGCUGCAGCUGCCAUAAGACGUAUGAAUCCCAAAAUCAAUGUAAUAGCUCAGCAAAAUCAGGUUGGGCCUGACACAGAACACUUCUAUGGGGAUGACUUCUUCCUGGGCUUGGAUGGUGUCGCCAGUGCCCUGGACAGCUUUCAAGCCAGAAACUAUGUGGGCGAAAGAUGUGUACGCUACCUCAAGCCUCUGCUUGAUUCUGGGACCGAUGGCACCAAGGGACAUGCCCUGGUCUUUGUACCUAAACUGACAAAAACACAUGGACAAAUUCCGGAUGGGGAAAAUAGAACGUUCCCUCUCUGCACUCUGCGCCAUUUUCCCAGCACCAUCCAGCACACCAUUCAGUGGGCCCGAAAUCAAUUUGAGGAUCUUUUCAAAAGAAGAGCAGAGGAUACUAAUAAGUUUCUGAGGGAUCCCACCUUCUUUGAGAAAGAAGACAUGGAAACUUUGGAGAUGAUGAAUCUAGUGAAGAUGAGUCUUCAGGAGCAGCCACACUGCUGGCGAGACUGCGUGGUCUGGGCCUGGAAACUUUGGGAGCGUCUUUUCUCUCAUGACAUCCUGCAGUUGCUGUACAACUUUCCAUCUAAAUAUGAGACAAGCCCUGGACUUCCUUUCUGGUCCGGAUCCAAGCGAUGCCCCCAGCAGCUCCAGUUUGACUACAAUAAUACCACCCACAAGACCUUCAUUGUGAUUGCCAGUCGCCUCUUUGCCGAGACAUACAGGCUGCUUGUUCAUGAAGAUGAAGAUACCACUUUCCAAGUCCUCCUUAAGUUGCAUCCCACACCCUUCCACCCACGUCAAGGGAUGCAUAUCCCUGUUACUGAUGAGGAGAUUCCAACAUUACCAAGUGCCUCUAAUCAGACGACGUUGGUAGAACUGAAACAAGAAUUGGGAAAGCUAAGAGAGAAGCUUAAAAAAGAAAUGGAGCCACUUCACUUUGAGAAGGAUAAGGACUCCCAUUUGGAUUUCAUCACGCAUGCAGCCAAUUUGCGAGCUGAGAACUAUGGCAUCUCUCCAGUGGAUAAGUUCCAGGCCAAGAAGAUUGUGGGCCGGAUUGUACCUGCUAUUGCCACAACAACAGCUGCUGUAGCUGGCCUGACCUGCCUGGAGCUUUACAAAUUGGUGUGGCAGCACAAGGAUCUCAGUUCCUAUCGCUAUGGCUCUCUCCAGCUCUCUGCCCCGUUCCUUGAUCGCUGCCAGCCUUUGCCAUCUCCACAAGCAUACACGUGUCGGCAGAAGACAUGGAGCUGCUGGGACAGAAUUACUGUGUCUGGUUGUAAUUCCAAAAGAGAAGUUGUUACCUUGAGAGAUAUAUGUGAUCAUAUCCAGAGGGACUAUGACCUUGUGCCUCAGAGGUUGCUAUUUGGGACAGCCACUCUCUAUGAUAAGGAAAAUGAAAUCAAAGAGCAACAACUUCCUUUCAGCCUGACAGAAUCGAUUCGUAAAGUCACUGGGAAGCCAGUCCCCAAGGAGUGCCGUCUCUUGGAAUUGUCAAUGGUCUGUGAAAAUGAAGAACUCGAUGAUGAUUUACCACCUGUUUAUAUCAAGUUUUAACAAACCAGUAGUCAAAAAUAAAUUACUUGUGCAAUGGAUCAGAAAGGAAGCAAUCUCGUUAAAUCAGACAGAAGUACUGAAAGUGACUGCUCUAAACACAAAUUAAUGCAAGAAUGUGCUUUGGUGAAGGGAUGACGGCGAUGUGUCCUCUCCAGUGCAUCAGCUUAAAAAUGCCUGCAGGGGUUAUCCUACCCCUGAGGACCAUGAACAGAUAAUUUGUUGGAAAUGAAUAUGAAGUGCAAUCUACAAAACUUCUUUUGUCGUACCCUGAAUCUCACCUCUCAUUAUGUUCCUAUAUCACAUCAGUUGGGUGUGUGGCAGGGGUGAAAUGCUACCGGUUCACUUAGGUUUGGGUAAACCGGUAGUGAUAAAAACUAUGGGUUCGAGUGAACCCAUAGGUAGCUCCCCGUUUGGUUGAACCAGCAUUUUAUAAAACUACCGUUUCGGGUGGAGCGGUAGUAAAAAAAAGCAAUUGGUUCCUCCGAACCAAUAUUUCCGACGAUCAGCUGUGCUGCGGGGUUUAGCUAUGCUAGAAAGCAGGCAAUCCUGCUUUCUAGCAAAGCUAAAUUGCGCACCAUAGCUGAUCCCCCCAUCGCUAUUCUACUUACCUUCCCAAACCUCCUUUUGGUGUGUACUGAGCAUGUGUGCGCACUCGCAGAGUGUGCAUUUGGUGCGCACUGCGCAUGCGCAGACAGCAUGCGUUUGGUGCGCAUGCACAGCAGAGGUGGGUUUCAGCAGGUUCUGACCAGUUCUGGAGAACCGGUAGCGGAAAUUUUGAAUAGUUCAGAGAACCGGUAGUAAAAAUUCUGACUGGCCCCGCCCCCAUCUAUUCUCUGCCUCUCAAGUCCCAGCUGAUCGGGUGGAAAUGGGGAUUUUGCAGUAACCUUCCCCGAGUGGGUUGGGAAUGGAGAUUUUACAGUAUCCUUUCCCCUGCCACACCCGCUAUGCCAUGCCAUGCCCACCAAGCCACACCCACAGAACCGGUAGUAAAAAUUUUUGAAACCCACCACUGCUCCUUGAGUAUUGGUCUGUGAUUUGUAGACACACUGCAAAUGUGGGUGGGGAUUAGGCUUAUUGUAGUCCAACACAGCUGGAAGGCCCCAGGCUACUGCCUUAAAGGAUGGGAUAUUUUCAUUAUCUCAGCACCAAAAGACCUAAUCUUCAAUGUUCAACUAGUAUCUCCAAUUAGAUGAGACAGCUUGAGGGACACACUAGGAGAGGUUUUGGAAAGCCAGUUGCAAGUCGCAAUUAGAGCAGACAGCGUUGGGCUAGAUGUAGCAAUAAUCAACCAGAGUACCUUCAAGCUUUCAGCUGUCCCUGUGUUUUGAAUAAGUGCAAUGGAAAGAGACGUUGGAGUACUGUGAGAUAUUUGAGAGGCACUAAGUUGUGCUGUAGUUGAGGGCAAAAUCUGAGUUUAAAUGCCUUGAUUGUUGAUUGGGCAGCAUGGCGCAAACCAUUAUCUUUUUCUUUACAGUAAGAUGGGAUUAUCAUGGGGAUGAAUGAGAGUUUGUAAAACAUUCAUUAUGCAUGCCGAAAGGAAGAUCAGAAGCUGCCUUAUACAAGGGCUUCAUCUACCUUACUAUCGUCUCCAUACUUAACAAUUAUGGAUGGAGUUCUUUCAAGUCCUACGUGCAAAUACCAAGGACUGAAUGGGCACCUUGCAUUUAAAACAUGUGCUCUCCCAAUGUAGCCUGCUCCUUGUUACACAUCGUUACCAAUAGAAUUGAUAGUGCCCGUGGCUCUUCAGGAUAAACCACAGCCUCCCUGAUUGUUUGCCACCCAGACUUCAUGAAGGAGAGCUCUAUGCUCCCACUAUUGUAGAUAGAUCCAGAAGAAACUUACGUAUUUGUAAGCAAAUUGCUUUGCCAUAUUGUCCACCUAUUAGUUUUAGUUGUUCUGUCCACUCAGAUCCACCAUUGUUGUGACAACUAGAUACCGGUAGUCCUCGACUUACGACUGUAAUGGAGUCUUCCCAUUAUAGUCAAAUGUAAUAAAUAAAUAAUAAAUAAGUCAUGAUGGCCGUAAAGCAGGUUAUCAUGUGACCAAUCUGAUUAUACAAGUUAUAUUUUGCAGCGGUUAGGUGCAGACAUUAUUCAUUAUGGGGUGUUUUUGCCAAAAACCAGAAGUAAACAUUGAUUUUCAGCAAAAAUGUAAAUUGUGGUCACAUGACUGCAGGAUGCUGCAAAUGGUCAUAAAUGCAGGCCAGUUGCUGAGGUCUCAAAAUUCAGUCACAUGACUAUGGGAGGGGGCAGCUGUCAUAAGUUUGGAACCGAGUUGCAAGUACCUUUUAGGGGAGUCUUGUAAUGUUGAAUGGUCACUAAGUGAGCAGUCAUAAGUGGAGAACUAGCUUAUUUGUAAACUGCUACCUUGUAAAUUCUAUCAUCUUCUUUUGCCCCAGCUACUGAAACAUCCAGCUCUUUGAACUUGAUUUCUCACAACAUUUGAUUUCCCUUCUGAUAAGAAAGAUAAGAGUGUACCUAUAAUGUUACAAAUCGUUAAGAACUUGGCUGACAAUUCCGUAUUUGUGGUUUGAUUUUUAAGAGAGAGUGUGAGAACUUCACUCCUGUGAAACUUCUCAAGCAACACUAGUAAUAACAACUGAUGAAGAUAACUGAGUGGCUUUCCUUUCUUCACUUCUAAUUUAAAUCAAAUACUUUAGAUUAGGUUCAUUUUGCACUUUAUGGCAAAUUGCCCUGUGACAACUUGUAUAUUCUGUUUACAGUAAACUGCUAGCAACACAUUAAAGUAAUGAGACAGAGUUGAUUAUGAAA